AUGCUAAAUCUUGAUAGAAAUCAAUUAAUCGAAGCUGGAGUUCAGUUUGGUAAUCUAAUCCGCAAACGAAACCCACAAAUGCGUCCCUAUAUUUAUAAAAAAAGUAGUCGGGCGCACAUAAUCGAUUUACAAAAAAUUAUUGUUAGUUGCCAAGAACUGGGAAAAUACGUAGAAUCAUUACUUGAAAAAGGAAAAACAAUUUUAUUUCUGUCUACUAAAAAGCAAAUGGUUGGAAGUGUUAAAGAGCAAGCCAUUAGUACUUUCAAAAACUUGAUAAAAAAAGAGCAAGUAAGAUUAGAAAAAAGAAGAGAUAAAUUAAACAGUAUUUAUGAAGGAGUGAUUAACUUACAAAGAAAACCUAAUGCUCUAUUUAUUAUUGGUCUUGAUAAAGAAAAAACUGCCUUUCGUGAAGCAAAAAAAACUGGUAUUCCGGUUAUUGCUAUUUGUAAUACUAACUGUGAUCCUCGUUUAGUCGAUUACGUUAUUCCAGGCAAUGAUCGCGACGAAAAAUCAAUUAACUUUUUUGCUAAUCUAGUAGCCAAUACCAUCCUCAAAGUUAAGGAAAAAAAGGAAAUCAGAAAUAGUGCCGAAAAGGAAGAAAAAAAAGUUAAAGAAGAGUUUUAA